ACGGCGACGGCUGCCGAAGAUCGUCAAUACAACGAAGCGUUGGCUGUGGCCGUUGGCUGCGUUAAUACAACGAAGCGUUCGCGACUCGUUUUGAACGGAGGGAACAGGCAGUGCGAUGCCGUUACCACAGGUCGGAUGAAGUUCCACGGCAACGACACCAAAAACGCGAGUUGA